AUGGAACGAGCACGCAGCACCACUUAUCACCACCACUCCUCACAACUCAUCCACGUCACUCUCAUCACCGAGUCGUGUGUGUGUGUGUGUGUGGCCACCGAGUGCCACACUGGUCGAGUUCAUGGACAAUUUCCACUGCAAGAUCUAAUGGUGGAGGAGGCUGAAUCGCCGACAAGUUUUACUGUCUACGCUGAUAAUCGUUGUUUCGUGGUAGCAGCACCCAGCGAAUGGCAACGUGACAGGUGGUUGGAGGAUAUCUCUCGAGCCAUUCUUGCUGCUAAAACCACUCUUCCCUCCGUUUCUGCUCUCGCCUCCAAUGCUUCUGCUUUCCUUGGACUUGAAGCCUCCAUCUCUUCAGUUGCUGGCACUGUUGAUAAUACAGAGGAUGAGGAGUCCAAAUCCGAUCGUUCUGGUGGAAAAUUUGAAGCCCGCAGUGUUUGUAGACUUCGAGGGGAUAGCAACGCCCUGCUGCGGUUUAAGCAUUGGUGUGCUAUGGGUUGUGGUGUUGGAGGUGACGAUGGCUGUGGUGGUGAUGAUGAAAGGAAUGCAAGGCGACCCUUCAUUUCCAUUGAAGGUGGUUGA